CACCCCUAUUGCACUCGACUUUCAGUACAUUUUGCUGCUUGGGGCACGUGCCUCACUUGUUGUUCAGUCAUUGCGCACUCUAGAUAACGAACGAAGCUAGAUAAGCGGCACAAAGGGCCACUGGGGCAUUUCCGAGCGCCUGUAGCUUGAUACUAGUUGGCCUCAGUAACCUAUCUUCAUCAAAAUGAAGCUCAUCCUCAUUGCUUUCAUGUCAUGCCUCUCGCUAGGUUUUGUUGCACCAGAGUGCAAUAAUGAAACAUUAAUGGAUGCCUCCAUCCGGUGCGGUGAAAGAUAUUUUCACGAUGAAGGCCUAACUACUCCAAGACCCGCAAACGAGCUAGAGCCUGAACAUAUCAGUCCUGAGAUGCAUAAAAUAGCCUGCUGUGGACUGGAAUACAACAAGCAUUGCUUGCCGGAAGUACUCAAAGGAGAAGGAUGUGAAGCUGAGCUGAGUCAAAUUCUUCGCAAGACAGAGAAGGACAUCGAAGCUCUGUUUAAAACACUAAAGUGCAAAUACGUGUGCAACAGCAACAGCGCUGCAAGCAGUAUAUAUCCUAUAUGGUUUGUGGCAACUAUGGUAUCAGUGAUGUCAAUGGUUCAGGUCGCAACAGUUUAAAUGUAGCGACUGGUCAUAGUCCCUGCUGGCUUUAAUCGUUGAUUGUCUUGUCCUAGUUGACAAAAUUAUCGAAAUAAAGGCGGUACUGUGACCACGAGCGGUA